CUUAAACGUCCUUAUAGAGCAUAGUAUCAUUUCUGGAUUCAGCUUGCGCCAGCCACGUCAAAUACAAUCCAGAAGCUGAACCUGUCCUCGCGAGAAACAGUCAGCUCGACCAAAUCCUCAAACCUCCCUUCCUUAUUCGAGUCAAAGCUCAAAGCCACAACUUGAACGCUGCCGGUCAAGUACGAACUUCAUUCUGUCUUGCGAGCACCAUGUCACCCCUGCCCGACGCGACCGCCUCUCCUUCUCCGAACCUCAUCAACCCAGCCGGCACGACUACCACGACAUCAACAACCCCACUACCUUCAACCACUUCCACCCCAUCAGCAGAACCUCCGCCCAGCCCCGCACUCGCCGUAGUGCUCAGUGUUCUCGCCUUUCUUGCACUCGCAGCCGUCGUGCUUUGGUGUGUGUGCUGCCGCGGACGGGGCCGCACGAUCGGAACGACCACCACGACUUUCACUAGCACAACUGCUAGUACGGGUACAAGGCUGGGAAAUGGAGCUCGACCGGGAAGAGCAAGAAUCAAGGUCGUCCGUUCAGUGGCAGUUCCUCGGUUGUCAUCGUCGUCUUCAUCAGGGGGGAGGGAUAAGGGGCAAGGGCAGCCUGAACGUGGUGAACGGGAUGGACGGUCUGCGUCUGCGUCUGCGUCGACCUCCGCGGCUGCUUUGGCAAUUGGGGCUUCUUCACGUUCCGGCGGGUUGGCAGCGGGCGGUGGUGGACUGUUUUCGCCGACUCACUCGGGUGAGAUGAGUUCGAGCGGAGAUGGCGGCGGUGGUAGUAAUGACACUUCGGAAUCGAUGGGAGUGGGUGAACUUGGAGAGCCUGCGUCUGGCGAAUAUCAACAUCACGGGCACGGCGUCAUGAGAUCAUAUCUGGACCCGGAGGGCCGGUCGGAUUUGACCAAACACAGCGCCGGGGUGGAGAGGCCGUUGCCUCGAUGCGCUGUUACGGAUCUUCCUCGGACUCUUUCCGCUACAACAGAUCUAGGGAACUGAGGCGAGGCAUUAAUCUUGGCUAAAUCUCUACCUCCUGAGCGCGGGAAUGGCGCAUCUUUCCGAUCGCUAUGAAGUCGGAAAUAAUAUGAGUGCUUGAUUGGCGACUGGUGUCACUGAGGCAAUGAUGAGAAAGGGGCUUGUAUUGUCUGGUGGGAGAGGGUGUCUUGACCUACCAGUAUCUAUCUAUAUAGAUCUGCCAUUACCUAGUGCCAACCAUAAGAAUAGAUCGGCCCUUGUGCUUUGUCAAGCUAGAGUCCAGUGCGAUUGCUCCAAAGUUUACCUAUUACCUGACCCCUUAGCCU